AUGGCGGACAAUCAUUUGAAGAAUCUAAGACGCUUGGCUAAAAGAUACCACAUUCGCUUCAGCCUUCCAUCUGACACUUGGCCUGAGUGCCAUGCCGAUACAUUCAAGAACAUCGAAGAGUUAGGAAGGUACAGAUUCGAUACAUAUGCUCAGAAUACAAACAUUAGAUCUGCUGAAGAGCCUUGGACUCGUCAAACAAAAUCACGAGCCGAGUGGUUGACCAAUCGAGCGGGGUCUCUCUUCAAGCAGAAUCGGAAUGAAGCGGGAUGGCGCUUUGCGAUCGAAAACGAUGUAUUAAGAAGAUUUUCGGCAGAAGUGGCAUGUUACGAAACCGGAACGAAUAGACUGUUCGAAGACCGAGCCGAAGAAUUUGUCAUUUAUGAUGGUAUUCUGCGAUCGCAACUCAAGAAACAGGGCCCGGAUCGUGUGUAUGGAUUGAAGAACACGGGAAAUUUUGAUUCUCUUCUCUCCAGCUCAGCUCCACCGGAACUUGCAAAUGAACCAGGCGAUACUAUCGGAGACAUAAUCAAACACACUCCAUUUGAUUAUGAUACAGACCCACUGCUUUUCCCAUUCUUGCUUCUGGAGGCGAAAUCCGAGUCCAGCAGUAAUGGGUUCGAUGACAUUCAAAUUCAAUCUGCUUUUCCGAUCCGAGCACUUUUGAAGUUACAAGAAGAUUUGCAAGCCAGUUCUUCCAUACCUGAUCCUGGAAUGGCUCCUUUAGUCUGGUUCCUUGCAUGUCGAGGUGAUGCGUGGAAGGUCUACGGCUGUUAUGCAGUCCCGGGUGAAGGGGAUAUUCCCACUAAAUAUGUGAGCUGGUUCGGGCCCGUCACCCAGUCCAAAGCUAAUCUUGUGAAGGAAAUGUCAAUACUGUGGUCUGGCUCCUUGAUACAUAAGGAUCAGGCUUUGCAGCUUGUUCUCAUUGUCGAUUAUAUUAUGGACUGGGCCCGCGACAUAUAUCGCAUUGAAAUCAUUACGCAUCUUCGAUCAAUUGUCACCGGUCAACUCUCAGACCAAAUGACUUACAGAGACAGUGAUAUGUUCUCAACAAAUGGAAGCAUCUUGAACUGGAUCCCACCCGCAAGAAGCAUCGUGACCGACGAAUGGAAAAGUUCACGCUCUGUUGUAACUACCGAUGGACUUGAGACGAGUCUGUCAGACUAUACAACAGAGCAGUUCAGCCACCAAACGAUGCUCAAUACCACAAUCCCAAACACAAGGCUUGGGUCAUUUCGCUCAGCCAUGAUUUCAAAUUUUCACUUCGAAUGCCUCUACAUCACAUCCGAUCUGAUCCCUAGUCUAUUUGAAAUGAUUGGAGGUAUAGAUCGGAGCAAAGGUCGCAUUGAAUCCGCAGCGAGAAGUUUCGUAAACUUCGUCACGCAAUUUGAUGAGACACUGGUAAUGUCUGGAAAAAACCUCGAGCUAUUUGAAUUACUGUGGACUGGUAAUAACCGCUCCAGUCUAGAAGCUUGCAAGGAGGAGUUCUUUGUUACCAUGGAGGCAACUUGGUAUUUUAACACUUCUUGGGAUAUCAAGCGUAAAGUGUCAUGCUUGGCAAUAUCUCGAACAGCAUUUGAUGCGCUGACAAAAGCUGCCAACUUUCGAGUCAAACAUAAAGGGGUCCAAAACCUCAAAAACACUGAGAGAAUAUGCCAUGAAGAUAAAAUCCGCGAUUUGGUGCAGUGUCUCGCUUCUGGGUCUCCCUGGCAGGUACUUCUCGCCGCGAUAUCGUCAACUUUGCUUACUUUGUACCCUUUUCCUUUGCGGAAAAGACAUGAUUUCACACCUCCAUUGGAGACCAUUGGAUUUGGGUAUAUUCGAGAGGCAAGGGUUGAUCCUUUCAUCCAAAAGAUUCUACGUCGAAAGAUGUGGGCACCUACCAAGCGUAUGACUGUCUCAGACGCCGAAAUGAGAGCUGCCCGCCACAUGGGCAUGACUAUGAACGAUGUUCUUAAAUACAAGCGACAAAGAGGGGAAAGACGUCCCAAACACGAGGAUUUGUCAUUCAAACGUAUCUCGGAGUGUCAAAAGCAGAUAACGAUAGCCGAAGCACAUUACUCUGACCACUGCGCACGGUGCCUCCUCAGCCAGGAACAGAACAUCUCAUCCUUUGGCCAUGGAUAUCUGGAUCAUCGAAAUAAACCAGUGAUGUCGAGCCAGCAGACCGUUAUUGUCGCUUCACUGAAAGCUAAUGAGUCUCGGAGAAUAAACGGAGAGCCCGAUACAUGUGUCUUCGGACUCAAUGAACUCAGCCAACUGAAAAAUAACGCUUCAUUUGCAACCAUGAUUGAAGAGAUGUCACUUCCGAGCUCUUUCAUUUUCCACACGAUUCAAUUCGAUCCCGGACAUUCAGCAAGUAGUCAUGAUGAAGUGGAACAUAAUCUGCCGUUACCAUAUCGUCUCAUUUCUCGCCAAGAAAGGUCUCGAAUCAUGGAUUGGGUCCGGGAAUUACAUGACUAUUCUUCAGAUUCGACAGAGAAAACUUUCGACUAUUCCAAGGACUGGGAUUACAACCAGAGGCUUAUGUUUCUUCUCAGCAUGGGACACUCCGAAGAAGAAGCAUCCCUCUUGCUGAAACAUAAACCUUGGCCAAAUCCCUCGUGGUCUUCCACUAUGGCUAGUGUCAUCAAUGAAGUGAAUAAGAAAAAAGUUUCUCAGGAUCAAAAUCUUUUUCUUCUGCGGAAAAAGUUAAAAAUAGCGGGAGAUCAGCUCGUUAGUGGCUUUGCUUCCUGGGAGGCGGCAAGAGAUUUACUCCACCAAGAGUAUCCUUAUCAAACUAGCCUCCUCGAAUCUAUUGCAAAGAAGAAGCCGAGGCAGAAAAGUCAAGAUUCGAACCAUGACAUUGAAUGA